UGCUGUCGCGCGCCAUGGCGGCGCUCGGUGCCUACCGCUGCAUCGAGUGCAACGGGGAGGCGGCGGAGCUCUACCGGGACUACCGGCGUGGGGUGCUCCGCAUUUCCAUCUGCUAGUACCUGAAAAUACUGACACAUUAUGGGAAAAAAACAACCAACAACCCGAUAUUUGUUCCAUAUGAAAUCCUGCCAGAAACCUGUGGACAAAUAUAUUGAGUAUGAUCCUGUUAUCAUCUUGAUUAAUGCUGUUUUAUGCAAAGCACAAGCAUACAGGCACAUUCUUUUCAAUACAAAGAUAAAUAUUCAUGGAAAGCUCUGCAUAUUUUGUUUGCUCUGUGAAGCUUAUAUCAGGUGGUUGCAGUUACAGGAUUCAAGCCAAAAUACAGAUCCUGAUGACUUAAUCAGAUAUGCCAAAGAAUGGGAUUUUUAUAGAAUGUUUGGCAUAGCUUCUUUAGAACAAACUUCAUUUUUCAUUGGCAUUUUUAUUACCUUAUGGUGGAUGACACCUGAAAUGCUGAAAAGAAAGUCUGACUUCAUUUUACUUCUCAAAGCACUGCUGUUGUCCACCUAUGGAAAGCUUUUGCUAAUCCCAGCUGUUAUUUGGGAACAUGACUACACACCUUUGUGCCUUGCAUUCAUAAAAGUGUUUGUCUUGAUAUCAAACUCUCAGGCAAUUAGAGUUACAUUGAACUUGAAUCGAAUACUCCCUUGGUUUGCCAUCUUCUUUGGAUUAAUUUUGGAAAACGGUGUGGUCUGCUUGUUCCAGAAAAUGGGAUGGGAUGUUUGAAAUGGUCAGCCCAGAUAUGAAGAAAUACCAACAACACCAUGAUUAUAAUUUUCUAAGAAUGAUCUCUACCAGCAGGCUCUAAAGACACUAUUUUCAUAAUGAUAAAAAAGGUGAUAGAUAACAAAAACUUGGGUGAGUUUAGACAGUUUCAGGAUGAAGUAAAAUGAGAAACUUCAGAAGUUUGGCUCUUUACUGUGAUGAGCCAUAAAACUUCAGCCUUAGCUUGUUUAUUUUCUCAUUAAAAACAA